AUGCCGGCCUCACUCUGGGAGCCAGGAUGGACGAGGACUUCUCAGAUGAAGAAGACGGCCUUAGCCACGGGCACGUCCCUGUUGGACACGGACAUAUUGCUGCGGCCCAUGGACAUGAGGCACCCUGGGACAGCCUCCCCCGAGCUCCUUCAACUCCAGGCCUCUGGGAAGCUGGACAGUGCCACUCACCGGGCCUUCCAGACCCUGGACAAGGACAAGAGCGGCUUCACUGAGUGGAGUGAGGUCAAGGACCUCCCGUCCACUGAUCCCAGCAGCACGGCGGUCACUCCACUGACGGAUGGGAAGGCUGAGGCCGUGGUCCAGGCAGCCAACAUGGACGGGGUUGGGAGGGUUGACUUUGAAGAAUUUUCUGAAUUGCUUGAAAAGGAGAAAAUCCCAAGGAAAGAGUGGGCCCACGGCCAGCCCGGCCCAGAGAGCGUCCCCGGAGGAGCCUGCGGGACACACAGGCCGUCCAGGAGGCCACGGGGGUGGACGCAGCUCGAGCCAGGAAAAUGGAAGGGAAACAACACUAAAGAAGCGACACAGCCCGUGCGUUUGUGGGGGGGGGGUAGCCAGGGGUGCGUCCACCCGGCCCCCAACCCCUCACGGGUCCGGGCUGACGCUGCGGGCCCCCUUGCCCAGCACCAGCCGGCCUCUGCUCUUGCCUGGGGCCUGCACAGCAGCCGGGCGGGCUCAGACGGGUCCCCCUGUGCCCCAGGCUUCGCCCUUGCCUCCUCCUCCCUCCCUCAACGCCCCACUUCUCCCUAA